AGAUGAGGUUCCAAAAUGAACCAAAGCCACAGAUCUCAAAACUUAGUCACUCCAUUUCACAAUCCCCUCCUUAAAUUCAUCAACCAAUCGAACACUCCUCCUCCUCUUCUCUUCCUUCACCCAUUCAAUUCAACCCCACAGCAUAAAAUAUCUCACAAUCAGACAACAACGGCAGCAGAAACAUUGAUCUCUCUCGCCCUCUUCAACAUCAUAACUUCCCACGUAAACAAAACAAAGACACGAACUUCAAACAUCACCCCAGACUUCAAAGUCUUCAAUGGCUACUGCUUCAUUAAUCGAAUCAAGCCCAUUAAAAUGGAAAAAAGCCUUCCCUUUCCAACCACAACCACCUCUUUUGACCCCCAAUCACUACCCUUAUUUGAUUCCUCUAAAACCCCCUAAAUUUACCUCUAAAUGCAUCUCUCAACUCCCCAUCCUGAAUCCAAACUCGAAAAACAACAAUGGCCCUUUUCCAAUAUCACCUUCAAUUACAAAACCCAUAUCUCAAAAUCUCUCCAAACCUCCCACCUCUAAAAACCCACUCGAGAUUAUCUAUGAAACAAUGCUAAAAGCACUUGAUAUCCUCAAAAAACCUGCAAUCGCAGCGAUUUUGAUAGGGGUUUUGUUAUUACAUGAUCCUUACUCGGCAUUUGCUGCUUCUGGAGGUAGAAUUGGUGGGAAUUCCUUUUCACGGCGAUCGUCAUCUGAGUAUUCUUCGAGGAGUUAUUCAGUGCCUCGGGGUGGAAGUUCAGGGUUCUCGUAUUCCGUGCCUUACUAUGCUCCGUCGCCGUUCGGUGGUGGUGGUGUUUAUGUGGGGCCCGCGGUUGGGGUUGGGGUUGGUGCUGGGUCUAGUUUGUUUUUUAUAUUGGCAGGGUUUGCUGCAUUUAUGUUGGUUUCUGGGUUUCUUUCGGAUAGGAAUGAAGGCGGGGUGCUUACCGCUGCUGAGAAAACUUCUGUGCUUAAGCUUCAGGUUGGGUUGUUGGGGAUGGGGCGUUCACUUCAAAGGGACCUUAAUAGGAUCGCAGAAGUUGCAGAUACAUCCUCAUCAGAGGGUUUGAACUAUGUAUUGACAGAGACAUCACUAGCUUUGCUCCGGCAUCCUGAUUAUUGCAUCUCUGGCCAUUCAUUUGUGGACGUGAAGCGAAGUAUGGAGGAUGGUGAAAAACGUUUCAAUCAACUUUCUAUUGAAGAGCGUGGGAAAUUUGAUGAAGAGACACUAGUCAAUGUGAACAGCAUAAAAAGGCAAAGCACAAGCAGCAAAAGAUCUAAUGGAUUUAGCAAUGAGUAUAUAGUGAUAACUAUCUUGGUGGCUGCUGAAGGAGUAUAUAAACUACCAACCAUCAAUGGUAGCGGAGACUUAAAGGAAGCCUUGCAAAAGCUUGGUUCAAUAUCUGCCAGUAAAAUACUGGCAGUUGAGGUGUUGUGGACACCUCAGAAUGAAAAUGACACACUGUCAGAGAGGGAACUACUUGAAGAUUACCCACUUUUGAGGCCUCUAUAAGAGUUUAUAGCAGAAACUUGUAUUUUGCGUUGGGGUGGUGUAAUUACUUUGUAAAUUAGGUGGAAUUUAUAUAAAACAAGCCCAAGGUGUACAUAUCAUACUUGCCUGCUACUGAGUAAAUUUACCUGUGCUGAAUUUCUGAGCUUAUGAAGAGAUAGAUUAUGUUUCUUCUGAAA